GUGUAAUGCACAGGUUUUAGGGGUGUAAUUUGGUGAGUUUUGACACUAACUGACCAGUAGCUCCAGUCCAGUAUAGAGUGUCUCUCUACCCUAGAACGUUCUCUCGUGCCCCUUCUGGUCAGCCUUGUCCCCACAGAUGAUCUCUAUUCAAGUUUACUUUAACACAGUUUUGUUUGUUUAUCUUAGAAAUGCUAAUUAUUACAACUCUCUUUCUUUUGUAGGGGAUAAAAACAUUCAGAUGGCAGAUAACAGUUCUUCAGAUGGGGUUCCUUCAGAUUCCUUGGAAGCUGCCAAAAAUGCAAGUAAUAAAGAAAAGCUCACAGAUCAGGUGAUGCAGAAUCCUCAAGUUUUGGCAGCUUUACAGGAACGACUUGAAAAUGUCUCUCACACUCCAUCGAGCUACAUUGAAACUUUACCAAAAGCAGUGAAAAGAAGAAUCAAUGCCCUGAAGCAGCUGCAGGUCAAGUGCGCUCACAUAGAGGCCAAGUUCUAUGAAGAAGUUCACGACUUGGAGAGGAAGUACGCCGCUUUAUACCAGCCUCUUUUCGACAAGAGAAGAGAAUUCAUCACUGGUGACGUUGAGCCGACAGAUGCAGAAUCAGAGUGGCACAGUGAAAACGAGGAGGAGGAUAAAUUGGCUGGAGACGUGAAAAAUAAAGUAGUCAUAGCAGAAAAAGAAGCAGCAACAGCAGAAGAGCCAAAUCCCAAGGGAAUUCCAGAAUUCUGGUUCACCAUCUUUAGAAAUGUAGACAUGCUAAGUGAAUUAGUACAGGAAUACGAUGAACCGAUCUUGAAGCACCUGCAGGAUAUUAAAGUGAAAUUUUCAGAUCCUGGACAGCCUAUGUCUUUUGUAUUAGAGUUCCACUUUGAACCCAACGAUUACUUCACCAAUUCAGUCCUGACGAAAACGUACAAGAUGAAGUCCGAGCCUGAUAAGGCUGAUCCUUUUUCCUUUGAAGGCCCUGAAAUUGUUGACUGUGAUGGGUGUACUAUUGACUGGAAGAAAGGGAAAAAUGUCACAGUUAAAACCAUCAAGAAAAAGCAGAAACACAAGGGUCGAGGCACUGUUAGAACAAUUACUAAACAAGUACCCAAUGAUUCAUUUUUCAACUUCUUCAGUCCACUGAAAGCUUCUGGGGAUGGAGAAUCACUGGAUGAAGAUUCCGAGUUCACCUUAGCCUCUGAUUUUGAGAUUGGACACUUCUUCCGCGAGAGGAUAGUCCCCCGCGCGGUGCUCUACUUCACUGGGGAGGCCAUCGAGGACGACGACAACUUUGAAGAAGGCGAGGAGGGAGAAGAGGAGGACUUGGAAGGUGACGAGGAAGGCGAAGAGGAUGAGGAUGCCGAAAUCAACCCCAAGGUGAGCGAUUUGGGGGACACCCAGCAGGGGGUGCUGCGCUGUUGGACCUUUCACAGAUAGUUUGCACCUUGGACGUGGACAUGGGGGUGUGAAGAGUUCGCGUGUGUCAUUCGUUAAUUAGAAAACUUAAACUGUAUCAGAAAAAAUGGGGGAAUAUUCUUGCACCUGAUGGAUGAUUUCAUGAAGUGUUGAAGUAUAAAUAAUUGGUAAAAAGCGUUCCUGAAAUCUUUUUAAAGCGCUGUGUUGCUUACGUAACUUGUUCUGUAAAGCAGCUUUCUUUUCCUGCCCCGACAACGUGGGUGAAUGUUGUUGUUCUGUUAGGUUUUGUUUGUUUUUGAAAAGGUGCAAAGCAGAGUCUCGGGGUGGGGAACAAAGGAUUAUUUUUCAGUAGCUGCAAUAACGACAUCGUAGGCACAGUUUUGCAGUUGUAUUUGGGCUACGAGUUCUCAGAAGAUAUGUCUACAGAGAGAUGUAUCUGAUUUAAUCUAAAAUAAACUAGUAAAGCUAUGCUAUAGGAAACAAAUCUAAACAAAGAGUCUACACCAUCCCGUUAACGAUGCCUGUAAGUCUGAGUGUUCAUGGCGCUGUCACACCAGCUGAAAAUCAGCGUGCUUUUCCGUUUAAAUUGUAUUUUAAAGACCAGAACUACUUUAAUGCAGCCCAAAGCUGUAGUGAGAAUUUACUCUGAUUUUCUAGCAUGAAAUUGUUUAUAGCUUCCUUGCAUCUUAGAAUUCAGUGUAUUGUGGGCUGUCAGAAUGCUAAUUAACAUUACCUGGCUUUUUUGUAGUAUGUCUCUCUAGGCAUCGUUUGUUUGUCUGUCCGUCUGUUUGUCCGUAGCCCUGUUUUCUGCCCACGGUGGACUGUGCGCUAAGCCGUCAGCACCACCACCUGGCCCCACGAUCGGUGUGUUAACUCUAGACCUUCCUGAGUGCCCGGUCACUGUAGGUCCUUCAGGGAGGGCCAGGAGGGGGGACAGCUGGUGUCAGACUUCCGAAGCACGAGCCGUGUGCUCCUCUGGGAACAAGGGCAUGAGAAGGUGCGCUCAGAGCCGAGCUGUCAGUCACUGGUGUGCUGGAUGGGGUCUUGCUCCACGUGGUCGGUGGGCAUGAAGACAGGCCUGUCCAUUAACUGGUUGACAGGCUCUGUGAUGAUGUCACCUCACACUGCUGUGAUGCUGUUGGAUCGACCUGCGUGCCAGCCGUGCUUCUUUGGCUUGUUCUCCUGCCCUCCGGGGCCCGAGGGGCUACAUGCCAGCUUUGAUCGUAAAGCCGAGGCCGUCUCCACGCCUUGCAGUCACACCUUUGGGUCUGUCUCAGGCCCUUGUCUGGCUGGCAGCUGGCACUCUGCUCCUUCGGGGUCUUUUUGUUGUUGUUUUGUCUGCUCUGCUUCUCUUGUGUUGCCUUGCCACAUCUGCUGUCUCCUCUCACGUCACCUCCGUUUCUUAAAAGCAUUCUCGCGAGUCAUAAAUACUCUCGUGGUCUCAGAUGGGAUUGAUGGUCAGGGUCAGUGAGGAGUGCCAGAAAGGACUCCCAGCCGCACGCGGUCGGACAGGACUCGGGUCACAAUGUGGUCGUUCUGUUUCUUCACGCUUGCUUCUUCAUGGUGCCCCGUGAUAUGAGGGUCUGCACAAGUGGAAGGGACGUUUUGGUGGUGGAAACAGUCGGUUGUAAGUGAAACAAAUGUUUUCUGCCCGUUCGUAAAGAUCCCGACCCGGGGUGUUGCAGUGACUUGUCUUGGGUUGAGUAGUUAGUAGGCAGUUUUUUGGGAUCAGGAGAAAUUGUGGCUGUUCCUCCUGUAUGAUUUUGUGUAUUUCAUUUUCUUUCAUGCUGACAGUUCCUUUCAUUUUUUUCCCGUUUAGGUGUAAUUUUUGUUACUCAUUCAUGCGUUUCUAGGUAAGGUGGCAUUCCAUUCAUAUCUACUUUCCAAGCUUCUGAUCUGUAACUUCCUACACUCUGCUGCCUUGGCUCUGGGUGAGGAGGACAGCUGGUGUCCAGGCACAUGCAGCACUGUCCUCAGCAGCAGGCUUUGUCCCGGGCUCAGUUGGGUUGCUUUGAAACAGGGCCCCUGAACGGUUCAAACAAACACGGCAGGUAGAUUGGGCUUCUGCUUUCUGAACCCCGUGUUUCUUGCUAACCAAGCAGCAAAGACGCCACUUGUGUGGCCUUUCCCUUGAAGGGAGAGGACAGAGGAGAGGGGCCCAGGGGUGUCAGCCGCCUGUGGGGUGGCCCACACACAAGCCCCAUGUCCUUUUUAAGACCCCACUGCAUUAAGGGUCCUUAGCCGGAUUGGGCUGCAUCUCGAUGGGUCGUCACUCACUCCCUGUGGCCGGCCCGCACCAGUUCCUCGAGUGUCUCUGGGCGUGUGUUGGCUGCUUAUAUUUCUUCAGUUUGGGUGUCGUGUGAACGAAUAGGUAUGUACAGACGAGUAACCAAAUAUUUAACAGGGCAGAAUUUUUCACCUAAAAAGCUGCUGGCAUCUGUUUUAGUGUGAGGUUGAUGGAGAAGCGUGCUCUGGCUGAAGAAGAGAAGAACCAGCUGUAGACUAAAACCAGUGUCAGCUGCGUGAGCCCGCCCUCGGCCCUGCGUGCUGCGUGAGGGCACCUGCGUGAUGGUGCCUGUGCGUCUGGAAUGGGCUGCCAGCUCAGACGGGAGGGGAGGGAGGCUGCGGCCACUGUUGAUGCCCUCGCUCGUGGGACCACCUCAAGUUGCAGGGCGCAGGGGCAUCAUGGGAAGGGCAGAAGUGGGAACAGGAGAUGCCGUGGGAGGGGACGGGGCUCUGCCCUGUUGCCCCAGAGUGGCACGGGAACCCUAGUGGCCAGGCAGACCGACGUCCUGAGAGUCUGCCUCAGUUCUCACUUCUCUGGGCUUUUUUCAUAGAAAACAAAUAGGCUGUUGGCAGAUUUGGGCCUAAAAAACAUUUUGAUUAGAUGAAAUCAACAUGCUUUUUGUCUCUUAAUACUAUGUUUUAAAGGGCUGCGCCUGAUCAUUUUACUGGCUAAAAUUAUGCCCAGUUGCCAUUGAUUCUUACUGCCCCUGGAGGUCUGAAGAACUUAGCAAACUGUGGCCACUCUUGUCUCUCCUGUGCCCGGUUGUCACAUACGCUCUAGUGGAAGGGAAUGUUCUGUUUUCAGACAUGUUGAUCACCUCUUGAGCCGCGAUCCUGGGUGCGUGCGUAGGUGGUGGCCCGUCUCUGCCCCCUCCUCGGAUUGACUGGUCUCUGUUCAAACCCCUUCCUUCUUUCUCCGAAAUGGUCCCAGGAUGAACCAGGGUUUCUCUCCCCGUCCUUGCAUAUAGAAAGCACCGUCUCCUGCUGCCUGGGUGAUCACUUAGCACUGAGUGGCCGGGUCCUCAUCACACUGGGGACAUGACUAGAGGCUGCACAGCUGUGGUUUUAUUUAGCCUGUGUCACAGGCCAGAAACCACAGGCGUCUCUACACCAUGCGUCCCCAUGUGCAGAUGCUCUGGGCUUCUGCCCAUGUGGGCACUGUCCUCAGAGCUGGCACAGCUCGCAGCAGGUGUCCCACCACUCGCUCUUCCUCAGCAGGCCAGUGGGCAGAGCCAGCGCCAUCCUGCCCAGAGGCCCUCGGGCCUCGGUGCUUGCCCUUCCCUCUUCCCCUCUCCAUCUGACUGGUAAGGAGAGGCCCACAGCGUGGGCACGCUGGCCCGAUCCUGAGCACCUCCCUCUCCGACAGCCCCCUGGUGGUCAUGUUUGCUUCCUGUCCCUUCCGAUAAGGACUGUGUCCCUCUCACCAGUUCUGGUUUUCUGUAAGAAGAGAGGAUAAGAUAAUCUCACGGUUGAAAAAGCUGUGUAACUUACGCAGUAUAACAUAUGUUCCACAAUAGAUUGUGUCUGUGAUUUAGAGGUGACAGAGAGUAAAAAGUCUCUUCCCACCCGGUGUCGUCUGCCCCAGUUCCCACCGUGUCCCCCCUACAAAACCACUUCAUGAGCUUCACGUUUGCAGAUGCCCACGUGGAAAUGCAUGCACUUUCCUCUCCGGCUGUUGUUGGUCUGAGCCAGGGGGACUCCUGCUUCCCCCGGGCCCCCAGCCGGAAGUCCCUGGCCCUUGAAUGUUGGGUGGACAGACGUCACUUCUCUUCUGUAGGCCUGUUGGCCAGGCUGAUUUUGUUUUGGAGCCCAGGCUCCUGGCAGUGCUCAGCCGCACCUGUGACAGGCAGGAGUGGGGAGGCCUUCCCAGAGCGGCCCGUCAUCGCCCCUGCUGAGAGCUGGGCCAACGUGUGCGCCCUGGAGUUUUCCAGAGCUCUUUGCAUUCCGCUUACAAGAGGCGGACUCGGUGUCCAGGGCAGUCACUUGUCCUCUGUGCUUCCUGCCUCAUCCCAAGAAGGAGCUGGAGGCCCAGCGUGCACCGUGGCGGGUAUCGGCUCUGUCCUCCCGGCCGGCCUUUGGAAGCAGGAAGCGCGGGUGUCCUAUAGGCUCCACAGGCGUGCCGGGUGCUGGUCAGAGUAAUUGUCAUCUUCGCAGCCGGGAACCAGAGGUCACAAGGUCACACAGAAGUGUUAGCAGAGCAAGUGUCUGUGCUGGUGCCCACGCACAGCCCGGGUGCUGACGUGGCUUAGGCCUUGUUUUUCUCCGCCAUCAGCUCCUGCUGUGAGGUGCACACAUUAGAGAGUAUGUAGUCAGUCCGCCCCUCUAGGGGAACCCCUUAGAGGAAGGCCAGACCAUCCCUGGGGCCCCGUUUGUGACGCUCCUUAGAGUAGCCUCUCGUCGCUGGUUGGAGCAGUUCCUGGAGUGUGGGUCUGCUCGGUGACCCCCUGAGUGAGAAAACGAAGCUCCCCCAGAAUAGAUGCUUCCACUCCCAUGAGCAUCUGGGGGCCUCAGCGGGGCUGGCUUACUCCUCGGCCUGUGGGUGGAGGGUCAGAGUUGGUGGGCAGCAAGGGGCCAGCCCUGUGCGCGCAGUGGGGCCUCUGUGAGGGGCAGCCCUGUAAGUGCUGACAAGACCGCGGGCUGCAGGGAGUGCAGGGGUGAGGCGCAGAGCUUCCUGACACUGAUCCCUGCGACCCCACGGCCCUCCCUCUGCCUGUCUCUUACUCUGUGGUCAGUGUGUCUUUAAACAGGCAGCCCCGGUGUGACUUCUGGGCAGUUAGCUCUGUCUCUGGUUGCUGUUUGUAAAAGUACACCUGCAGUGAGCAGUGUGUGGCUAACGAGAAGGUGGACUCUUCUCUGAACGGCCCAUCCUCUCUCGUUCGCAGAAGGACCCCAGCCAGCCCGCCGAGUGCAAGCAGCAGUAAGAAGCGCACCUCUGCGGGCACCGCUGGACCGUCGGGGACGCCUCAGCCACCGCCACGGCGCAUCCGCAUUGACAGCGCUCACACCUAACGUCUUCCCCUGUGCAUGGUUUUCACUUACCUUUCCCUUUUUCUUUAUUAUUUGGCUUAACUUGUACAGUGGCAACUUGAUGCAUUUCAAAAGUAGGAGGCUCCGUCCUGCACUUCGACCACCUCUGCACCCUGGGCUCAGUGAGCUUCUGGCCCUGCCCUCGGGGCCCAGAGAGACCAUGCGGGUGGGCAGGCUGGGGGGGUCGGCGCCCGGGAGCCAGUGCACCGCCGUCAGCUGGCCGUGAUGCUCCCCUCUCCUGUGAGGGAGCCCCGGGGCGGGGUGCUGGCCACGGAGCGUGUCAGCUGUUGUGAUGUAGGGGAACCGCCCGCCCAGAGCAGGCACCCGGAGCCAGGUCGCGCUUCCUUAGGACCUUCUGCUUUCCUUUGGUUUGGCGGGGUUGGGGCAGGGGCGGGGGCGCACACCAGCUCCCAGGUGAUAGCUUUAGUAGUUCAUUUUGUAUUUAUUUAUUCAUCCAUGUUUGUAAGGCCUUUGAGCUUAGGCUGUGGCUCGUCCUGACGAUUUCUGAAACCGUGUUGUGACAGCAGAGCUGGAAGAUGGGGCGUCCGCGGCGGCAGCGCGGCCUCUUGUUGAGGAGACCGGCUGCUCCUGCCGACGGUUCUGGACAAGGGGGUGUGUCUGUGCAUGCAGACCGCAGCUUGCUGUGAACGUCGAGGGCCUGUAGCCAGAGCAUCGGCAGCUGUUAGUCCCCCAGCGGUGGCUGAAGGCUUGGGCGGAAAGGCUCUCAGCCGAGCAUGUGAACAUCGAGUCCUGGUUUGUCAGGGCUGCCUCCUUCCCGGCUCCACCGUUGGUUUGGUUUCAAAGCCCUGGAUUCGGUGGGACCUGCCCUCGACCAACACGCAGGGCUCCAGAGCAUGUGGCGGCCAUCUGUGCAGUGGAGUCCCCGCGGCCAGGCGUGGAGAGCGUGCCUAGCCUUAACCUUACAGUACACAUUUGUAUCUUACUACGGUGUUUCAAUUUGUACAGAAUAGUUAGAAUAUUCUAUUAAAGUUGUGAAACAUGAAUC